ACGCACAACCAAUUAGUGACAAAUAAGUCCACGAAGCAUCUUCUUUCCUUUCUAGAACCCUAAAAGCAAACCAUACACUUCUCUUAUCUCUCUCUUUCUCAAAGAACCUGUCAAUGUAAUUAAAACAGUUUCCAAUAUUUUCGCCACCAUAAAUAAACUCUCACCUCCACCUCUUUAACUCCACCACUCCAAUUGAGAAAAUAAUUUAUUUUAUAAAACUUCACCACUCUAGAAAUUUCAUACCACGCAAACAAAAACAAACUCAUAAACCCUAAUCAACCACAACUUCCACCACCAACUCAAAGCUUUCAUUUUCCAAAUUAAAGAAGAAUGAGCAGAAGCAAAUCCAUAGUCAUCAAUUCCAGUUCCGAAAAUAGUAUCUCCACGGUCGCUGCCGCAGCUGUAGCUAUGAGACGUUCUGCUUCAAACGCAAGCCCCGUGGUACAUACUAAUGAUCUUAACAGAGAACCGCGGCGACCGCGGUCAGUUAAGUUUCCGGUAUCUCCCCAACUGAUACAAGGGGAAGAGAUGGUCCAUUUCGGACAUCCGCAACACGUGCUGGUUAAAGUUGAAUUGCCAGAUAUCUACACGUGUGCAGGUUGCAAAGAAGAAGGAGCUGGGAUUAGGUACGUGUGCCAAGAGUGUGAUUAUCAGCUCCAUGAGUUUUGUGCUUUGGCUCCUCCUCUACUCAAGUCGCAUCCUUUUCAUUACCAGCAUCAGCUUCUGUUUUUUGCCAAGCCUGCUAAAGGAGGAAUAAUGAAAUCAAAAUGCGACGUGUGUGGAAGAUCACCUAAAGGUUACACCUAUAGAUGCAAAGCUUGCAGUUUCCAGAUGCAUCCUGGCUGCGCCAUGUUAUCUCCUUCCCUCUCCUCUUCCUCUCUCCAUCGCCACCCUCUACAGCUCCUCCCCUCUUCCUCCCCUGCCAACACCACCGGCGGGUUCCUCUGCGGAGAGUGCAAGAGAGGUAAGCGAGUCGGGAGGGUUUACCGUUGCACCGUUUGUGAUUACCACUUGCAUGCCGUAUGCGCCAAGGACGCCGCCGUGAACGGCCUUCGUGAGAACGGACACAAAGGGAGGGAUAGGUCUCCAGCGGUUUUGGGAACGGCGGCGAGGUUAGCGUCGCAGGUUGUGAUUGAUUUUCUUGGUGGUAUGAUGGAAGGUCUAGGUGAAGGUGUUGGUGAAGCCAUUUUGGACGGUGUAAGUAGAGGCGGUGGUGGUGGCGGUCGCGGUGGAGGAAAUGGAGGUGUUACUGGGGUAACUCCACGUGUCAGAGGAGGCUAAUUAUGGAACUUUGGAGAUAAUUAAUUAGGAGUGUUUAUAUGCAUAUUGAAAUGAUUGUAUUGUUUUUUUUUUGCCGUGGUGAUUGGUAAAUGGUAAUUACAUAUAGACUUUGUAGUGUUGAUGUUAUUGGGUUGGGUGAGAGGGAGGUAGUAUAUUGAUUAAAUUUGGGGAUAAAGUAACAAGAAUACGAAAAAUGUGUAAUGUUUAAUUAGUUUUGAUAUUAAUUAAAGUAAUGUUGAUGUA